AUGGCUUUGGUGCAAUACUCUGAUACAGAGUCGGAUACAGAAGAGAGUGAGGAGAAAUUACCCAGACCAGCCAAGAAACCCCGUCGCAACAGUUCUAUCGUCGAUGAUCGAGUGCCAUCUCUACCCCCACUACCGCCUGCAUUUCAUGAUCUGUAUGCCUCGAGCACUCGCGUGAGUGUAAGAGACGACCCCAGUCUUCACGGAGGCCGUAAGCGUGUCAUUCCCCAUGUUGAAGGGAACUGGCCUACCCAUAUAUACCUAGAGUGGUAUCCGUCGAAAGGAGAACUCACUGUCUUAGAUGGUAUCUUAUCACAAGCCGAAGUCAAGUUAGGAGGGCACGCAAGAGAAAUUCAUAGCUUAUUAAGAAGUGAUCUUGGUGUCCAGCUUCCGCUUCAUAUCAGUCUCUCCAGACCAGUGGUUCUUCGCACUGAACAGAGGCAGCCUUUCAUGGAUAUGUUUCAAAGGGCUCUUCAAGAUUCUAUAGUCCCUGCAUUCUCUAUCAACCCUUAUAGCCUCGACUGGGUUUCCAACUACGAAAAGACGCGGUGGUUCCUCGUCCUACGGGUGACAAAGCCCGCUAAUGAUAACUUGAACCGUCUCCUCGCCUUGGCAAACCGCUCCUUAGCUCACUUUGACCAACCACCGCUGUAUGCAGAUAGGUCGACUGAGCCAAUUCACAUGCAUGGACGACUUGAAAGCAUCAAACCAGAUACACAGCCCGAAGACCUUUCUCACUGUUUCCAUGUCUCCCUCGCCUGGAGCUUGACAGAACCAACGCCGGAGCAGAAGAAGGAAAUUGAGGCUAUGGAUCUUCGCGGCUUACGAAGUCUGAUCAUUCACUUUGACUGUGUAAAGGCCAAAAUUGGGAACACUAUCUCGAGCAUACCACUUUCGAAUGUGUGA